AUGGCUUAUAAACUAUGGUUACUUGUUGUUAUCUUGGCCUUGGUGAUUGUCACCGAGACCUCCUCAUCGUUGGAUGACAUGAGUUGGGGAAUUGGGCGAUCGUUGGCCUCUAAUGGUGACGGUGACGGUGGCUUGCCCGCCGUACGCACGUGUAGUCUUGGAACCUGCGUUGGUGAUGAUGAAGAUGACAUGAUGGACAAUAAUGAUGGCGAUCGUCGCCAGUUACGUGGCAGGGGAAGGUACAUAAGCUACGAUGUGUUGAGGAGGGACAGCAUACCAUGCAAUCGACGAGGAUCGUCAUACUACAAUUGCAGGAAUAAUGCUAGGGCUAACCCUUACAGAAGAAGCUGCACCUACAUCACCCAUUGUGCCAGGAACCUUGGUUGAUCACCUUUGAGCUUAACAGGAUCCUUUUUCUCCUAUGUAAUACAAGAGGAUUUGUACCCAUUAUUCUACUUCUUAAUUCUAACAUAUACGUUCUUUUUAUUUCUUGUCAAUUUUAUCAUUUCACUUUUUUAUGUUCUAAAACUAAAUAUAUCUUGAAUAAAGAAAAAAGAAAAAAGAAAAACUAUAUUGCUUCGUUGGACUA